GCCAACACUGCCAGUGUUGCCAGACUGGCGGUGUGAUGUAAUUUGGUUUCUGUGCACCCUCUGAGAAUUAAAUUAAUAAUGUCACUAAAAAGUGUAUUUCUAAGUGCUCUUCGGAGCAUUACUCUGCCCGCUGUGCCGCUCCAGACUUCUAGGAUACACACGAGCGCUUGCUGGCGGAAGGCGGAGGACCGCAAGGAAAUGCUCGCAUCUUUACCGGCCAAAGACGAAGGAACCGUGGGUGAAAAGACCGUGGACAUCGAUACACUUAUUAACCGCAAGGCUAAGUUUUUCCCGGAUGCCAGCACCGCCACCACCUUAUUCAAUGGAACACCAUUUAACGAGCUGCCUAUUUGCAAUAUUCGCGUUUCACCCAACAACACAAUUAUUUCCGUCACGGAUCACAAAGGAGUCCUCCGUCUGAUACGAUCCUGCGGAAUUGAGGGAUUCAAAAACACCCGCAAGGGAACCAACAUUGCAGCUCAAGCCACUGCGGUUACCAUUAGUGGAAAAGCCAUUGAAUUGGGUUGGAAGACUGUGCGAGUGAAGGUCCGAGGUCUUGGUCCUGGAAGAAUGUCGGCCAUCAAAGGACUGCAAAUGGGUGGCCUGAACAUCGUUUCCAUAACCGACAACACGCAUGUUUCCUUUAAUCCUCCAAGGCCCCGAAAGCAGAGGAGUCUUUAAUGUUCAACUUGUUAAGACAACUUGUUUAAGAGCUAAAUACACAAAUAGUCGUUUACAAAGAAA